AUGAGCACUAAGGCUGCCGCUUCCAAUAGUAAUGGCAGACACGUUCUUCUUACUGGAAGCACGGGUUUCGUCGGAUCUUACACACUAUAUGCUCUUCUUCAGAGAAAGGAGAUAAAACGGGUAACCUGUUUAAACAGGAGUGGAGGCGAUCAGACCAACGCUUGGAUCCAGCAAUUCCCCAACUAUGAACCGACUGUCAAGUUUAAACAUCUACAGGCAGAUCUAACACAGCCAGACUUUGGUCUUUCCGCAGAUGUCUACUCCGAGCUCCUAGACAGCGUCACGGACAUUCUUCAUUGCCAAUGGGCAGUAGACUUCAAUCGGCCUCUCGAUUAUUUCGAGCCAAACAUCAAAGGCGUGUCAAGCCUGAUUCAUUUCACCCAUGCCGCCAAACAUGCAAUCCAUUUCAUAUUUCUUUCCUCGGUCGGCACAGUCAGAAAUUGGGACCAACCCAACGCAGUCCCAGAAGAAAGAUUGACAUCUCCAUCAAUUGCCGGAACGGGCUACGGGGCAAGUAAAUUAAUCGCCAGCCUCCUCCUUGACAAAGUCGGCCAAUCGGUCGGGAUCAGAUCCUCAAUCUGUCGCCUCGGACAAGUUGCCGGUCCUAUACAAUAUCUCCAGAAACGGAAGCAUAGCCAGCACCAAAAGCCAGAGCUUGACCAUACUCGCGCUUGGCCAUUGCGCGACUGGUUUCCGACUCUUCUCACCAGCUCCAUUGACAUCGGUUGUCUACCGGAUACGCUUGGCUUUGCGAACGAAAUAGAUUGGCUCCCCGUCGACUUUGUAGGCGAAAUCCUUUCAGACCUCGUUUGCAAUUUGGAUCUGGACGCGUCUCGGUGUGUAGACCAUUCUGGACACGGUCACGCCGGCACUGAUGGUUUUUUGACAAAAUACUACCAUCUUGUGAACCCUCACCGUACGCAGUACUCUGAUAUGGUGCAAUUCUUGGCGGGGCGGCUUGGGCGGCCGGAUGCUCUCAAAGUGGUGUCUCUGCAAGAAUGGGUGUCGCUCUUAACGGACCUGGCGCUUGGAAGUUCAGGGAUCCGGUCGCAAAGUUCUGGUAUUGGCCUCCUUGGCUUUUUCCAGGGGCUCGCCGAUAGCAGUUAUCUGAAUCCGCUCAUAUUGGAUACGAGAAAAACUGAACAACAGUUGCCCCGUUUGGUGAGCCUUGGGUCGGUUAGUGAGCACUGGUUGGAUAUGUGGCUUGAGCAGUGGGGGUUGAUGAAGACUCGAGGGGGAAAGCAAAUGCUUGAAGAUUGA